AUGUUGGCCUACUCUCUUUAUUGGGAAUUUUUGGACGCUUCGGAGUCUGGCCUUCCUCACACCUUGGUUCCUGUCACAGAGACUAUCACUUCUUUUCCCUCCGACUCUGGAAGAACCCUCCCUUGUGUUGGUGAGAUCAAAUGUAAUGUUGAUGCCUCGUUCUCUUCGGAUUCCCUUCAGGGCGGUGAUGGGGCUGUUUUUCGUGAUAACCAUGGGUCCAUUCUGUAUGCAGUUGUGUUUUGUCCUUUCAAAGCUCAGAAUGCUUCUUUGGCUAAAGCUGUGUGCCUUCGUAAAAGCUCUGCUAUGGGCCAUCAUUUUUCGUUCGAUCGUUGUUGGUUUGAGACUGACUCCGUGAUUGUUUGUAAGGCUGUUUUGGAUGCUGACGCUUGUUCAGUGGACUUGGCGGCUAUUAUUCAUGAUAUUCAGUGUGUACUUAAGAGAGUUCCCUCGUUUCUGCUUAGCCAUGUGCGUCGACAUGGUAACGAGGUGGCCCAUAUGAUUGCUAAACUCUCUCAAAGUCAUCUUCAUGAGGACAUUUUUCUUUCUCAUAUUCCAUUGGAUAUACUCCAUCGUGCACAGCUUGAUUUACAGUGA